UUAACCUGUGGAGAUGGCAAGUGUAUCAGUAGAGUAGUAAGCGUCAGGCAGUGAGGCUGUUGCUCCAUCUAGUCAGUAUUUAUUAUAUCUUCCCCUUCCCUCAUCGAAGAAUAGUUUCGUAAUUUCGUUCACUGACUAUAAAGGGCGAAGAUCUCGUGUGCAUUUAUCGUUGGCACAUUCUAUUGAUGAUGUUCUGUAUACCGGAGACCGCAAGAUUCUUUGUUGCCGUGUUCAACGUUUGGCGCAGUUCGUAUCCGCUCAACGGUAUCAUGGAUGCUUCGGUUCAAGGAAGCAGCUGAGAGAGUGGAUUUGAUAACGAAGGAUCGAGGCAGUCAUCAUCAAUGUGGUCUUCUGGAACUGCCAUAAUGCCAAGGCAUGUAAUCACUCAUUUUCUGGAAUUCAAAGUACUGUCUGUUCCAGUUACAUAAUAUGGGAUUAUGAAGUGUCGUAAACGUGCACACCCCCGAAACUAACCCAAACUUAUGUGUAGCUUGUCUUUUCUAUGUGUCAGUGUGACUGUUGGCUGUGGCUUCAGCCCUCCUUUCCCGUUCAUUAGGCGGGGAGGGCAAUGAGGAUGACUGGUUCAGACAAAAUGGAAAAGGCGAGCUCAGGAGUUUUCACAUUGACGCCAGCAACGCAACAAAGCGCCUCCACCCCUAACCCUUCAGUUCAGCCUAAUCCAACAAUGACUCCCCAGCCUCAGUUUGCAGAAGUGUUGCAACAAUAUGGUGCUCAACAGCAACAUAUACAGCAACAGAACCGCGCUCACUCCAGGUCCAUGUCGUCUCUCCCUCCAGAGUCGUUCAUGAUUAUCCGGAGCAAAGCGCUAAAUCGUCGUGUUGUCAUCAACGUGGGAGGUGUCAAACAUGAGGUUUUGUGGACCACUCUAGAACGCCUACCUCACACUAGGCUUGGUAGACUUAGAGAAUGCAACACCCAUGAAGCUAUCAUGGAACUGUGUGAUGAUUACAGCUUGAUUGACAACGAAUACUUUUUUGAUCGCCAUCCUCGUUCUUUUAGUGCUGUAGUUAAUUUUUAUCGUACCGGAAAACUUCAUCUUGUGGAGGAAAUGUGCGUAUUGGCGUUCAGUGAUGAUUUGGAGUAUUGGGGAAUAGAUGAAUUGUAUCUCGAAUCGUGCUGCCAGCAUAAAUAUCAUCAGAAAAAAGAACAUGUUUAUGAGGAAAUGAGGAAAGAAGCAGAAUCAUUGAGACAAAGAGAAGAAGAAGACUUUGGAUUCGGAAGGUGUGCACCCUACAGAAAAUGUCUGUGGGAUUUGUUAGAAAAACCAACAUCAUCAUUGGCCGCCAGAGUUGUAGCAGUUCUCUCCAUACUAUUCAUUGUAUUAUCGACAAUCGGACUUACUUUAAACACCUUACCUGCACUCCAAGAAAAACAUGAUGGACAUGUAGAUGACAACCACAAACUUGCGGUUGUUGAGGCAGUUUGUAUAACAUGGUUUACACUUGAAUAUGUGUUACGUUUCAUGUCAGCCCCAAAUAAAUGGAAAUUCUUCAAAGGAGGCCUUAACAUCAUCGACCUCUUAGCAAUUUUGCCGUAUUUUGUGGCAUUUCUCAUUGAAUCAAACAAGCAGACAGAUCAGUUUCAGGACGUGAGGAGGGUGGUGCAGAUAUUCAGAAUAAUGCGGAUCCUCCGCAUAUUGAAGCUAGCCAGGCAUUCCACCGGCCUACAAAGUUUGGGCUUUACACUGCGGAACAGCUAUAAAGAGCUAGGCUUGCUGAUGCUGUUUUUAGCCAUUGGAGUCAUGAUAUUUUCAAGUCUCGCAUAUUUUGCCGAGAAAGAUGAGAAGGAGACCAAGUUUACAAGCAUUCCUGAAACAUUUUGGUGGGCAAGUAUCACAAUGACAACAGUCGGCUACGGUGAUAUUUACCCUACCACUCCUCUAGGGAAACUAGUUGGUAGCAUCUGCUGCGUCUGCGGUGUACUGGUCAUUGCUCUGCCCAUUCCAAUCAUUGUCAACAAUUUUGCAGAAUUUUAUCAAAAUCAGAUGCGAAGAGACAAAGCCCUCAAGAGAAAAGAAGCCCUUGAUCGUGCCAGAAGAGAAGGCAGCAUCGUCUCUUUUCAUCGAGUUAAUCUGCGAGAUGCUUUUGCUAAAAGUAUGGAUUUAAUUGAUGUUCUCGUUGACAGUGGCCAUAACGAAAGUCAGAUUGACACAACCAGCAUUGGGGAUGACUCUGCACGAAUUCACACAGGUGCAGGAUGUUACAAAAACUUUGAUCACUCCUUAGAUGGAAGUAUUGGAAAUGUUCAACGGAAGAACUCUCAAGCACAAUCUUUGCCUUCAGGAGUUAUGAUAUCCAAUACUAGCAAUCUUCUUGAUAUUCAGGGACAGCCUAAUGAGGGUGGAUUAUCAAAUGUGAACCUGAACCAUUUGAAUAAUUCAAAUAUCCCUCCAAGCUACCAACGAGGAUUCAUAUCAUCAUCGGAAGUGAAAGAUUUUAUUGAUCAAGACCCUUCAACCAACUAUGAUUUGCUGAGCAACAUAGAGCUUAAAACAAUCAAUAAAUGGGAUGUCAACAGUAUGGAAAGUUAUGAUACAUAUGCAACUUGCAAUUCUCAGCCCUGUGCCUCUCUUGCUGAUUUAUCAGCAGAUGAUCCAUUUUCCAUCCGACCACCUCCAACUCCCCCCUCUCAGAACUUGAAUUCAAGCAAUCUUUAUAUCAAUCCUCUUGAAGAAACACCUCAGACUGCUCAAAUUGUAACAAGUGAAGGUUAUACAGUUCAACACCACUAUUUUCCUCAGCACUCACCAAUUGGCAAAAUGUCUAGUUGUUCAUCCACUGAUAGUGGCAGCUGUUAUGAAGAACCUGCUGGUAGAACUCCUGAAGGAUAUUCUUCCCUACCUACCUCUCCUGAUCCUCGACAAGACUCUCAUCAAUCAUUAACACCUGCUCUCACUGCAAAAAAACCAUGGUUUUUUCAAGUUCGGAAACCGAAAACAAGGUUUGAUACACCUGAUAUCUUCCAACACAGUCUGCAAUCUUCUUUAGACUCAGUUAUAAGUAAUUCUAGCUCUAGGCAAGGCAGUGGUGCAUCAUUGGGAAAAUCUAGGUUUAUGAAACCAUCCUUUUCUGUUAGAGGUAAGAAGAAUGGAAAUAAAAGUCCAUUGUUAGGAGGAUCCUUAGAAAGAGGCUCAUCUAUGAAAAAAUUUAAUAGCCCUGAUACUGCAAAGAAACGUUCUAUCUUGAAAAAAGAUACGCUAUACAAAGAAGAAACUGAAAAGUUAAUAUCAGAUAUCUACCCUAAGAAUGUAAGUGAAAGUUCAGAGACAGGAAGUGCAUUUAUACCAGUUACCACAUCCAGCAUUCAUGCACCUUUAACAAUUUCUGGCACAUCUUUUGUUCCUACAGCUAAACCACUUAAAGCAGCUAUAGGGCCAAAAUCUGGUUCAAAAUCUCACGCACAACCAAUCAAAUUUGUGGGCCUUGAUGAUGACACAGAGUCUGUUGCAUCAGGAAGAGGUUCUCCCUCGCUUAGCAUAUCCCAUGCCCCUGAUACUUCCUUCCUAAGUGGUGGUACUCAGAGACAUCCUCCUCUUAGUCCAUCUCUAUCCAAGACUCUUCAGUUUCCUGAUACUCCUCCUUUGCCUGAUGGAGCUCUAGAUAGAAGGCACACCUUCCAAGAGAGUGAUCUUUUUGGACAACAAGAUGUGGCUCCUGUUGACAGCUCCACAGGAUCUCCUGCACAUGGUGGGCACAGAAUACAUAGGGUGCCUUCUUACUGCGCCAACACUUCAACAUAUGGUCCUUCUCGAUCAUCCACACCUACUACUACUGUUGCAGCAAGUACAGUUACAACUACUGCCCCACCUUCUAAAAGUGAGCUUGCCAACUCUGUUGUGGGUUUGCCUUUGCUUCUAGCCACAGUGCCAAUUGUUAGUCCUAUAAGUUCCACUCCAAGCGAUCCUUCCUCUGCUGUUCAGACAUGUACUGAUGACAAAACAGCACUGCAGCCAGAUGCAGUGGUUGAAUCCCACCAUCCUCCUCUUUUAGCCCAACCAUCUCAACAGUCAACUACAGAUGAAGAUUCAGUCUUUGGACACGAACAUGAACUAAGUAUGAUGAGUCGACAGUCAUCCAAAGAGAGUGCCACAAUAUCCUAAAGUUUACUUGGUGAGUUUGGUUGACUGAUGCACUGAUUAAAAAGAGUGAGAUGUUAACUUAUUUCACCACCAAAAUGGCCAGCUGAUGCAGACUUCUAAACAGAUUGUGUCCUUUAAAUGCGCAAAUACGGUAUGGUUUUAAUCAGCAACAGCACUUCAGAUUUUAAAUGGCGGUUUAUUUUAAAUCUCUUUUCAUACUUGUGGCUAUUAUUAAUGUGCUUUUUGAUAUUUGUUUAUAAGUUUUAAAUACGUCCUAUUGUUUGUUGAUGGACAUGAAAUAUGUAAUUUUGGCAUUGGUUUUAAUAAUGUCAGAAUGCAAUAACUUUGGGAAUAUUUACAAUCUAGAGUAUCAUUCCUUUUAACUUAUUUAUCUAUGUUAUAUGUUUUCCAUUUAUUUAUCUAUGAUAAAUAAAUAUCAUAGAUAUCUAGAUAAAUAAAUGUUUUCCAUUUAUUUAUCUAUGUUAUAUGUUUUCCAUUAAUGAAAUAUAAUAUUUUAAAUGUUUUAAAAAUUUUUUUUAAGUUUGUGUUCUUUGCUUUAUAUGUGUUCUGCAUCAUUAUUAUUGAUUAAGAAAAGCCCGUUAAGUAUAGUUAUUUAUGUAUGGUUUUAUCAUAUUUUCCUUGUAUUAUCAUUAAGUUUUAAAUUAAUUUCAAUUUUUUAUUAUUUUUGUUAUAUUAUUAUUUUAACAUGUAUUUAACCCGUGUUCCCGGAAGAUUGUAAUAUGUUACAUUUAGACUGAAAUGUUAAUUUUCUGUUCACUUUUCCCAUUGUGUUUCUGUUUAUUAUUAAGUUAUUUCAGUGAGAAUAACCUCUAAUAUUGUGCUUGUUUAAUGGCAUUAGACAUUUGUUAUAAGACUGUAAAAAAAAAAUCAAAUUGUGUGUAUUUUUAUAGAAAAUACCUGUACUCUAUUUGAAGUCUUAUUAUCAUUCACUGAAUUAAACUCCCAUUGAAUGUUGGAGGAAUAUGGUGAAUAAUAAUAAAACAAAGUGUGUAUGAAAUAUUUAAAUUUGCACAAUACUGUUUUAAAUGAACUGUUGAGAAUACUAAUGCCAAAUUAAUAUUUAAAGAGACAUUAUGAGGUAUUGUAGAAUGUGUGUGUGUGUGCGUGUGAAAGAAGCAUCUGUAUUCGUGCAGUUGUGAAGUUAAUCUUAUCAUAUGUGCAUAUAUUUAUAAUUAGAUGCAGUCAAAAAGCCCAGAAUUCUAUCAUCUCUUGCCAGUGUUUGAGCAUGUGUGAAGUCUGUAACACUUUGCUGUUAUGUGCAGUUUCAGAUGUUAUGUGACAAUUCUAUAUUUUUUAAGUUAAUGAGUAUUUUUUUUAUUAUAGCAUUCCUCUUCCAACUAACAUUAAUUCCUCAAAUUUUUUGUUGUUGUUGUUGUUGUUUCUCUUGAACUUUCAUUUGAGCCUCCAUUGUUAAUUUCAUUAAGGAAUGUGUAAAUGUGUACUGAUUCGAGUUAAAAUUAGAAUUGUGUUCUCCUCUAAAAUGCUUGAGCUGGGCUCUCAAUAUCAGAAAGGGUCAUCAUUGUUAAAUAAAUAUUAAAUGAAAUAUAUAUUUUAUACAUAAAUUCCAAAGGAAAAAAUUUUCAUUAUAUUUGCACAUUCUGAUAGUUUUAAGGCUGGCUUGAUGCUCAAGUAGCAAGUAAUAAAGCACUGAGUAUUAAAGAGCUGAAAGUGGCAAGUAUUCAUCUACUUAAAUAUUUUUGCCAGAUGUCCGCCCAAAAAUUGUAGUUUAAAUUAUUACGCAAAUGAGCACUAUUUAUAUCAACUGCACUGUUCUGAACAUGAACUAGUUCAUCUUUCUCCCCUCUUGACAUUUUCUGCUUUUUGACUGCAUUUAAGCUCUAUAUUUUCACAAUAUGACAUCUCAAGUCACCACAAGAGUCUACCAUAUGUAUACUUAAAAUCUACUUUUACAUAUUCGACUGCACUUUUGUUUGGCAAUAUGUAUCUCUGACAAAGCAUUUUAUGUCACUCUUUCAUACUUGUUGCUGAGGGCGAAAACUGCUGUUUAUGUGUAUGUAUGUAAAUUUUUGCAUAAAUGUAGAUUGCUCACUUUUUCGUCCUCUGGUGCUCUGCUUUGGAAAAUACAACAAACUGAUUUUUUGAUGCAGGUAAGAACAGCUCAGAAGCUUAUUCCAUUUUUAAAUAAAUCAUCAAAAAUGUAGCACUUAUUCAGAUAAGUGCACUGAGGUUUUUCAUACCUAGUGCAUCUUUGCGUAAUAAAGUAUUACAUAAACUGCUACUUUUUGGGGGACUUCUGGCACUUCCUUUACAUCUAAUCCUUUUGAGCUUCUGGUUGUUCCUGACUGCAUCUCUGUCUCUUUUAAAAGGUGCUUAUAGUAAUGGAUUCUGCUUAGCUCCAUUAUUAGUUUUAAAAAAAAAAAGGAAAAAAAACACGAGAAGCUAUUGAAUAUAGAAACAGUUCAAGGGUAUUGUUCUGGUUUUAACGUCUGUUACAAUUGUUAUAAAUGUUGCAUGAAUUAACACCUUAGAAAUAACAGUAUGCUGUAAUUUAGAUAUCUCAUGAAAACUAUCCCUUCGUUAUCGUACACAUUUGCUUACCCCAGCAUGUAUACACACAUAAUAAAUAGAUCCUAGUUCAAGUAUUCCCUAAAUGUAAAAUUUAAAGAUUGCUGUUUACAUGGGUCCCUGAGUCUGCACUGAGAACUUCAUAUUAUUUUAUUCUUCAUUUUUAUAAUGUAAUUGAAUGAUUUAUUAUAAUUUGUCUAGGAUUAAAAAGUUUUGGAAUAAAAUAUUUUAGUUUUUUAUUUAUACCUUUUUGUGCAAUGUUUAUGACUAAUUUCAUAUGGCUUAUUAAUAAGCUUCAUUUUUGAAUAAAUUUCUUUAAAAUGUAGUCUCUAAAAGUAUUAAUGUUAUUGCCAUUUAAAAGAAUUAUUGUUUUUAUAUUUUGGUAUAAUAAAAAAUUAAACUGAAUGAUUUUAAACAUAGUUUAUUUGUAUUGAAGUUUAACAUUCAAGACUUUGUAUAUAUGAGCAAUUAUGCCCAUUAUGAGUUACAUUCCUUAGAUAUUGUGAUUAUUAUAUCUUGUUGAACUAUGAUAUUCCAUUAAAAUAUCACAAUAAAUUAACUGCCUCUAAACUAAAAAGGAAAAAUUUAGGUAGUAAAAAUUUUGAAAGCGCAUUAAAUACAGUCAUUGUAAUAAUUCCCUUUUGAAUGUUUUAUUGAACCAGGCAUACAGGGAAAUACAUUUUUGAUGUAAUCAACUGCUUUAGUUUUAUAACAUUGCUUUUAUUUUUAUUGCUGCUCAAAAUAAUUUGAGCUUUGCUUUUAUUAUCCCUAGUUUUUUCACUUGAAACUUCCAGCCAUUUUGCAUACAAUUUUAUUGCUGAAUCUAAUGCUUCUUCUUAAAAUGAUGAAGGAAUUCAUAUUUUUAUUUUUGUAUUCCAGCUUACAUAUAUACAUAAAUACAUAUAUGUACAUACAUACCUACAUUUAUUAAUAAUGCAGUAGUAGAAUGGUAAUUAAUAUAAGGUUUGAUCAAGAAGCAAAUUACCAAUUUAGUAUAGGAUUCUACUGCUAAAUUUUUAAUAUGCGUUUGCCAUGUUAGAUUUGCCUGUUAGGAAAAUUUAGCUUCAAAGCAUUCAUUAAUGUUAAAAAAGUGAAUUUUGGAAUUUUAGAAUGCAAAAUCUGUUUAAAGGUUUAGUAUUAAGUGACUGAGCUUUCAAAUAUAAUGUAUGUGUUUUUGUUUUAGAUAUUUGAUAUGUAACAUAUUAAUUUAGAAACUGUUUCUGUAAUGUGUACUGGUGUACCCCUGAAAAGUUUCUUUAGAGUUACAAUUUAUUAUUAAGGAAAGAGUAUGUCAGAAAAAUAUUUACAUUUUGUAUAAUUAAUUUUUGGAAAUGUCACAGUUUUAUACAUCUUAUUUUUUUAUUUCUGUGAAGUUAAUUUUUUUUUUAAUAUGGAAGGGACCAUUUAAUACAUGCAAGUGUUUGAACUAUUUGUGUAUUUGUUCUAUUUUGCAAUCUUUAAUAUAUUUCUUAUAUUAAUUGUAAGUAUUUGUGAACAGAGGUUAAAAUUUUGUAAAAUUUUACUGUGUAUAUUCAAAGUAAAAUAGGUAUAAAAUUGUUGGAAUUACAUGCCUAAAAAAAAUCUAUCAUUCUAUCCAUGCCAGCAGUAUAAUCCUAUAAAUUUACUCAUGUAAUAUAAAUAUGUUAAAAUGUAAAGAAAAAAGAUUUUGAAUUAGUUUUUCAUUAAAAUUCUAAGUUUCUUUGCUAACUAUCUGUGUUCAUACAUUAUUUUCUUCUGUGGUUUUGAAAUAAUGCUAUAAUAUCUUCUAUAUGGUAUAACAAUCAUUUAGUACUUUUCAUUGUAAUAUGUGAAUACUGAUGUAAUAUUAUGAAGAUUAUUUAUUUAUUGUCUCUAAAGCAACAAAACUGUUUUAACACUACCUAAAUUUGUCUGUUGUUGCUGUUUAAUUUCUUAAAAUUUUGAAAUUUCUUUCAAAUACAUUUUCCAAGGAAAUUUUUGCAAUAAUAUUAAAUGAAUUUUGUUAUUAAGGAUAUUGGGCUUAAAUGACAUGGCGUAAUAUUCAAUUAUUUAUAGAUUGCUAUAAUAUAUUAAUAGAUUUUAUUUUCUUUAAUAAGAUAUAGCAUUAAUGGUUUUAUCAUAUGCAUUAAUUUAGUGUCUCUAAUGAAAGUAAAGAUUACUGUUAAUUUCUUUGAAUUUUUAUUAGAUAUGUAUGUAAUAACAUAUAUAAUUUUUCAUUCUUGUAUUUGUUUCAGCAUAUUACAUUACUUGCAUAGAAAUGUAUUAGUUAGCUCUCAUUUGUUGAACAGUUGCUCUUUAUAUUUUAGUAGGUUAUCAUCUAGUCGUAGAUAAUAGAGGUUUUAAAUGCAUUUUGAAAAGUAGCUAACUAAAAUUAUACUACUUAAAUGUAUGAUAAUCUAAUAUAUUGUGUGAAACAUUUUAAGUUAGCUGUACUUUACCUUGAGAGGAAUUUUUCCUCUUUAUAUAUUUACUCCUUAAAAGCUUUCACACUUUAUUUAUUAUUAUUUUUUUUUUUUUUUAAUUUCCGUUGAGUAUGAAAAUGUAUUUCACUAUAUUGAUUAUUUUAUUAAAUUUUAUAUGAAUGAUGUUGCUUUUCCUGCCACUAUAUAAAGCACACGCUUGCUUAAAAUAUUCGUCCAUCCUAUUGCCUACCUGCGUAUUCUGUCCAAUAUUUUAGUUGCACUGAUAUAUUUUACAUAGUACAAUUUGUAUGUUACAUUUUGAGCUAUGUUGCAAAAAUUUUGAUUGCAGUAUUUUGAUAAAAAAAAUAAUAAUAAAUUAAUCAACUGUCUAAUAUUAAGUGAAAACUUCUACUAUUUAAAUAAGAAUUUUUACUGAAAUAGUCUAUUUUUCAUCAAUUUUACAGUAUUAUGCUAAAGCUUUUAUUGAACAACUAGUUUGCAGUACAUAAACUGCUUGCAAAAUUUUCAUUUAAUUUCUUUACAUAAUAGAAUAAGUAUUGGAAGCUUGCUCUUUUAUGUGUUAUAUUGGCAUAGUUUUUUCAUUUCAUUAAAUUUAUCACUACGGUUUUUAAUUUUAUUUGUGUUGCCUUUAAAUUAUCUUCAUUGUUAUUUAAAAGGGAUUUUUCAUUUCCCAUCAAGUAAUUUAUUUUAUCAGCAGUUUGUACCAUUUCUUGCUAUGUAUAUAUAUAUAUAUACUUUCUUGCUAUGUAUAUAUAUAUAUAUAUAUAUCUAUAUAUAUAUUUGUAGUUAAAAAAUCUUUAUGGCCAAAAUCCAAAUCCAGAUUCAUCUAAUUAGAUCUAAUGUUAUGCUUAAAAUUGUUAUUGUAUAGACUGUUAAUAUUUUUUUUUAAUUAAGAUGCUUAUGAGACUUCUUUCGCAGGUAUAUUGUGUAUUUGUUAAAUAUUUUUAAAAAAAUGUUAGAAUUUAUAUUUUUAACUUUCUUAUUAUAAAUUAAAUUGUUUUAGCAAAUACAGGCAAUUCCUGUUUAGCAUGCUUUUUCUGUAAUAUUCAAAAUUUUAUAACAGAUUGGUCCAUUAAAAUUUGAUGUUUUUUUAUCACCUUUAUCUGUCUCUAUUAAAAGUCCAACCUGUCUGCGGAGUAGGCUGUGGCAACCAGGUGUUCCAUAUAAUAUGGGCAAGACAACAACAUCUGUCGCUAUUUAUGUGUGUGUGUUUGCGUAUAAAAAAAUAAGAAUAGAGGUAAUAGAGAGAGAAGGUAAUAAAACAUUAUGAAACUUUUAAUAUACAUUAAAUUGCAACAAGAUUAGGUUAGUAGAAAAAUAAAGUGUUUAAUAUAUCACAAACUGAAGUAGGAAAUUGCAGGUGUAUGAAAGGCUAAGUAAAAAAUUAGUAUCACACAGAAAUAUACACUUAUUUUACUUAAUUUCACUAAAUGAUAAAAUUACUGGUAUUGAUUUUCUUAAAUUUUAUAUCUAUUAUAAUAUUUCUGUUGUCGCUAUAUAAAGCACAUAAUUGCUUAAACAGUCAUCUGUCCUAUCACAUUCUGUUUAAAACAAAUUAAUUGAAACUUAUUAUGAUCAUUAUUUCAAUUAAUUGAAAAUAAUUAAUAAAUAAAGCAAUUAAUUUUACUGACUUUAAAAUUGAAUUUAAUCAAAAAAUGGUUAAAGAAAUUCCUCUCAUUCUCUGUUUGGAAUGACAGAAAUUAACCACAGCUGGUAGUAAGUUAUAUAAAUUUCUUUGCAUGAAGGAAUUGAAAAUACUGAUUACUGAUAUCUGGAAAACAGUUAAAUGCCUUUUUCCUACCAAAGUGUUAAGGCUAUUGAUAUUACAUUAGUAGUAUAUGUCAGUUACAAUAAUUCUUUUUAAGUAAACUUUGUACGCACAUUGAAGAAUUACAUGGACUAAUAUGCAUUUAUUUGAUACUCUAAAUAAAAUGUUUGGUUAGAAAAGUUAAAAAUGUCAAAAAGAGAACAUUUAUUUCUUAAGACAAAGAGAAAAUAGUAACUAGGUAUAAUAAAAUAAUUACUUUUCAUAAAUUAUAAAUUUCUGAAGUGUUAGCUGAAAAUCAAUUAAGAAAUGUGAUGUUUAUUUAAGUAAUUGGAAAUUAAAGAUUUCCUUUUCCAGAAUUAUUUAAUCAGUAAAUCCUUGAAAGAGCCUAAUGACUACAAGUCAGUAAAGCUGGAUAAAAGACGUGCAUAUGCUAUGCGUUAUACAUCACUCAUAUUGCGUAUCUAGAACUUUCUAAUUAAUUCUAGUCAUAAAAUAACAGAAGCUGGUACUGAGUGAAGUACUUCAAAUAAUUGCUAAAUUCUUUUAUUACUUCAAUGCAUUAAUGUCAAGUGAGUGUUGCCUGUAUAUGAAUACCCCCCUCCAGUCUAAAUCACUGUGAGGCAUUAUUUUCUGAAUAGUGCCUAGCUUUCACCUCUCAAUUUUCCUCUUGAAGAGCUUUUGGAAUGGUAUACCAUUUUUUUCUUAAAGUCUUAUAUAUUUUUGUUUGUACUGUUAAAUUUUGGUAUUAAUUUAGUAGUUCAAUAUACCAUCAUUAACUAUUUUGUUUGAAUUCCAAUUUUUAAUAUCUAUUUUGUUAUUUGUUUAAAUAUUGUUAUCGUCACUUUGAUGUACAGUCUUUCAGAGAAGUAUUUAAGAAGAAAGACAUUUUGUUUCAGUUUAUUGAAUACAUAUUGAAGAUGAGAAGUUUUGUUGAUGAUUUAUAUUCAGGGACCCUGAUGCAUCUCAUUAAUCUUCAGAGAUUUAAGAAUAACUAAAAAAAGAAAAAAUGUGGCAGCUAAUCUAACCACUUAGAUAUAUGUACAAUGCAAAUGUUGCUUAUGAUAGCACAAUUUGGCUGUAUAUCUGGCAAUAAUAUUUUGUCUGUGUUGUAGUAGUCGGUAGAAUUGUU